CGCUGUCUCUCUCUCUCGUGUCCUUGUACUGUGCCGGUGUCCGCUUCCUUCUUUCAGGCUCUCUCGCCGGAGAAUUAGGGUUUUGUCACCUUCCGGCGAAGUGCAUCAGUGUCCAAUCUUAGAUCUCCACACAUAGGCAAGACAUCGAUACCGAAGGAUAGUCCUGAAUUUGAGCAGGGAGGGACCGGAGGGGAGAUCGGAUUGUGAAGUAAGACCGAAGACCGCUCAGCUCCUGUCUAUGGCGUGCGUUUACAUACCAGUGCAUAACUCGCAGGAGGAAGUGCGGGUGGCGCUGGACCAGCUCCCCCGCGACGCCACCGACAUCCUCGACAUCCUCAAGGCCGAGCAAGCUCCUCUCGACCUCUGGCUCACUAUCGCGAGGGAGUACUUUAAGCAGGGUAAGGUAGACCAGUUUCGGCAAAUUCUGGAGGAAGGUUCAAGUCCAGAAAUCGAUGAGUAUUACGCUGAUGUGAGGUAUGAGCGGAUUGCGAUUCUAAAUGCGUUGGGUGCUUAUUAUAGUUACCUUGGAAAGAUUGAAACUAAACAGAGAGAAAAGGAGGAGCACUUUAUUUUGGCGACUCAGUACUACAACAAGGCCUCAAGAAUUGACAUGCAUGAACCUUCUACUUGGGUUGGAAAAGGUCAGCUUUUACUUGCUAAGGGUGAAGUUGAGCAGGCAUUUGCUGCCUUUAAAAUUGUUUUAGAUGGUGAUCGCGACAAUGUCCCUGCUCUUCUUGGUCAGGCCUGUGUUGAGUUUAAUAGAGGGCGCUACUCGGAUUCGCUGGAGUUAUAUAAGAGAGCAUUGAGAGUACAUCCUGAUUGCCCUGCUGCUGUUAGACUGGGCAUAGGACUCUGUCGCUACAAGCUGGGUCAAUUUGGGAAAGCACGGCAAGCUUUUGAGCGAGUUCUCCAGUUAGAUGAAGAAAAUGUUGAAGCACUUGUGGCACUUGCUGUUAUGGAUAUGCAUGCGAAUGAAGCUGCUGGUAUUCGGAAAGGUGUGGAAAAGAUGCACAAGGCCUUUGAGAUAUACCCUUAUUGUGCUAUGGCAUUAAAUUACCUGGCUAAUCAUUUCUUCUUCACUGGGCAACACUUUCUGGUUGAGCAACUAACUGAAACUGCCCUUGUCGUUACUAAUCAUGGGCCAACAAAGUCACAUUCAUACUACAAUUUGGCAAGAUCUUAUCACAGCAAGGGAGACUAUGAAAAAGCUGGGCUAUACUAUAUGGCAUCUGUUAAGGAAGUCAAUAAGCCCCAUGAGUUCGUCUUUCCAUACUAUGGUCUGAGUCAAGUGCAGCUGAAAUUAGGGGAUUUGAGAAGUUCAGUGUCCAACUUUGAGAAAGUUUUGGAGGUAUACCCUGAUAACUGCGAGACACUAAAGGUUCUUGGGCAUAUAUAUCUGCAGCUAGGGCAGUUUGAAAAGGGCCAGGAGUUUAUGAAGAAGGCAACAAAAGUUGAUCCCCGUGAUGCGCAGGCAUCUUUGGAUCUUGGGGAACUGUUGAUAUCAUCGGACCCAGCAGCUGCUUUGGAUGCCUUUAAAACAGCACACAGUCUGCUGAAGAAGGGAGGGCAGGAAGUGCCGGUAGACUUGCUCAACAACAUUGGAGUUAUCCACUUUGAAAGGGGAGAGUUUGAGCUAGCAGAGCAAAGUCUUACGGAGGCUGUUGGUGAUGGCAUAUGGAUUUCAUUGAUUGAAGGGAAGGUGAAGUCUAACCCUACUGAUGCUGCUGAAUCAGUACGUCUGUACAAGGACAUGAAGAUAUUCACUGAACUCGAAGAAGAUGAUGGUCCAGUGGAAUUACCUUGGAAUAAAGUAACGGCACUUUUCAAUCUCGCAAGAUUACUGGAGGAGAUUCAUAAAACUGAACCUGCAAGUCUGCUUUAUCGGCUUAUUGUUUACAAGUAUCCUGACUAUGUAGAUGCCUAUCUGAGGCUUGCAGCCAUUGCCAAGACGAGGAAUAACAUUCAAUUAAGCAUUGAAUUGGUAAACGAUGCUUUAAAGGUGAAUGAUAAGUGUGCAAAUGCAUUAUCUAUGCUUGGAGACCUGGAACUUAAAAACGAUGACUGGGUCAAGGCAAAAGAAACAUUCCGAGCUGCCAGUGAAGCAACCGGUGGCAAAGAUUCUUAUUCCACUCUCUCUUUGGGGAACUGGAAUUAUUUUGCUGCAAUGCGCAAUGAGAGGAGAAACCCUAAGCUAGAGGCAACACAUUUGGAGAAAGCAAAGGAGCUGUAUACAAGAGUUCUGGUUCAACAUAAUUCUAAUUUAUAUGCUGCCAACGGUGCUGGAGUAGUCUUGGCUGAGAAAGGGCAGUUUGAUGUUUCCAGAGAUAUCUUCACCCAGGUUCAAGAAGCUGCGAGUGGAAGCAUUUUCAUUCAGAUGCCUGACGUUUGGAUCAAUUUAGCACAUGUUUAUUUUGCUCAGGGAAAUUUUGACCUUGCUGUGAAAAUGUAUCAAAAUUGCUUGCGGAAGUUUUAUUAUAACACAGAGUCUCACAUUCUUCUCUACUUGGCCCGUACCCAUUAUGAAGCUGAGCAGUGGCAAGACUGCAAAAAGACCUUGCUGAGAGCCAUUCACUUGUCACCUUCUAAUUAUGUACUAAGGUUUGAUGCUGGUGUCAUGAUGCAAAAGUACUCGGCUUUAACACUGCAAAAGGAGAAGAAUAAGAGAACUGCUGAUGAGGUUCGUUCAGCAUUUGCAGAACUAAAGAAUGCUGUCCGAGUAUUUGGUCAAUUGUCUGCAGCUGCCAAUCUAAACUUUCAUGGAUUUGACGAGAAGAAAAUUGCGACACAUGCCGAGUAUUGUAAGCACUUGCUGGAAGCCGCGAAGCUCCACUGUGAGGCAGCUCAGCGUGAAGAAGAGCAGGCUCGGCAAAGGCAAGAACUUGCUCGUCAAGUAGCUUUGGCCGAGGAAGCUCGGAGAAAGGCCGAGGAACAGAGGAAGAAACAGUUGGAGAAGAGAAAACUAGAGGAUGAGCUGAAGCGUGUUGAGCAGCAAGAGGAGCAUUUCAAGCGUGUAAAGGAGCAAUGGAAGAGCAGUGGACCUAAGCGGAGGGAAAGGUCCGAUAAUGAUGAAGAAGAGGGUGGACACAGUGAGAAGAGGCGGAAGAGAGGUGGGAAGAAGAGGAAAGAGAGGGGCUCGAAGUCACGGUAUGAGCCGGAGGAAACUGAAGCUGAUAUGGUGGAUGAUCAGGAGUAUCCUGAAGAUGAAGAUGCCAACUUGAAUUACAGGGAGGGGCCAGCUAAUGAAACUCAGGAGCAGGAUGACGAUGAAGUGGAAGAAAAUGCACAGGGUCUUCUUGCAGCAGCAGGGCUUGAAGAUUCUGAUGCUGAUGAUGAGCCAUCAAAUGCUGGAAAACGAAAGCCGGCAUGGUCAGAAUCCGACGAUGAUGCUCCAGAGCAGCAGCCCAACAUCAGCCCUGUAAGAGAGAAUUCCGCUGAGCCUCAAGAGAGCGACACAGAAGUUAUAGAGAACAGCGAGAAGCCUAAUGGAGAUGAUGAUAUGGACGAGGAUGAUUAGGGUUGUAAAUGCAAAUCUAAAAAAUUUCUUGUUUCUUGGGUAGUACGAAGAGGCUGUGCUAGGGAGGGAAUCUUCUCUUUGUUUAUAAACGUUUGUCUAUGAUUCCCUAAAUGUAUAAAGCUGCGAUUGCACUUGAAGAGAAAUCAUUCAUAUAAGCAAUUCUCCUUGUCUUUCGGUUGCCUUUCGCAUUUCUGAGAUAGUCCACAUUUUGGCUUUA